CCCGCCUGGAAAACCGUUCGCUUUCUCGCGGGCCCUACGUACCGUUUCGCUUUCUCGCGGGAACCCCGUCGUGACGCGGGACCUCAGCCUUCGCGCGGCCUGCUUCGUGGGGUUCCAACGUCGAGAGCGGCCGCAAGUGCUUCCCAAGAACAGGCACCCAGCUGUAGAACGGUACCAAGGGUUGCAAUGGUAGCGACCUCGAAGUCGAACAUGACUCCGCGAUCCGGAAAGGUGUCGUUGUUGACCGGCGAUUCGCACACCAUUACCGGCGUGGAUAUUUCUAUUUUGAACCCCCCAGGGCCAGGGGGCGGCUCCGGUGGAGAAGCGGAACGCACCGACAAGCUUAGCGCAGUGUCUUCGACCGCGAAUCCCGAUUUCCCUAACUCGAGCGGCUGGAGCGACGGUCUACAGGGACGCGUGGGUAGCCAGAGCCACCAGCAUACUAUACCUAUGCGGGAGCAUCAGAAGAUCUUGCUAGGCCGUGACAUCGUAGUUCGCGCUGGAACCGCUGCUGAGCGUCGACAUUUUGGAGCGAUCUUUGGCGAGCAUUGUGAUGGAGGAAUCAUCGAUAAUUGUGCGACAAUCUGGUGCGCAGCCUGCGGGCGGGUGUGGUCGCGGGAUGUUGUGCGGGAGCCGACGGCAAGCUUAUUGCAUCCUCGGUACGCUUCGGAGAGCGCGAACCUCUUCGAUGGCCUGGGGAAGCCCGUGCAGGAGAAACUCAAUCAUCUCGCAGGCGCCU